CUGUCAUGCAGUGUUCCAGCUAGGUCGGGUUAACAGGGCGCGGCGCCCUGCCCUUAAUCUGUAAAUUAAAAAUGCGCCCUGCCCUUUUUUCUUACGCCCUGCCCUAUUUCCACGCGCCCCGCAAUAUGCCCUGACGAUUUUUUUUAUCGUCUUUCAUCCCCGUAACUUCAGCUCCGAACUUUCCGCCCGUCGUUUCUUAAUUUACGUAACUUCCCGCUUCCUAUCUGCUCGCGCAUACCGUCGAUCCAUUCGACUUCCGCCUUACAAUAAACACAGAAAAUUUACAAUGCCUUCUCGCCAAAGACGUAUUCAAGAACUCAGCAAAUCGGCGAAGAAAUGCCACAACAUCUUGUCAAUGUUCAGAGGGAUUGAUUCUGCUCCAAACACAGAUGACGAGUCUGAUGCUGACAACACAUCACGCCCAGCUUCACCAUUCCCAGACAACACAUGUCCAGUAUCACCUUUGCCUAACAUAUCACGCCCAACUACACCUGUUCCAGAUGAUUGCCGAUCACUUCCUAAUCCUGCCUCACCAUUUUUGCCCAUUGAUGUUGUUUACCAUUCUCACACUCUGACAGAAUCACCAGCAGCAUCCCCAGUGAGAAUACCAGCCUGUAAGCGCCGCCUGGAUGAUACACCAGACGGAACUCCGCCAAGGAAGCGACAUACUUCUGGACAUCGUUUAGGUUUCAAAUCUGAAUGGACAGUCGACAGACCAUGGUUGAUAAACAGAACAGUCUGUACUGAUGAAGAGCCCUAUGUGGUCAUGUUAUGCCGUCUCUGUAUCAAACACCAGACUUCUACCUCAGUAUGGACCGUUGAUGGAUGUCGCACCAUUCGUCUCGACAAAGUGAAGGACCAUGAGAAGAGUUCACAGCACAAGACAUCAUUAGCCAAAGAAGAUGCCAGGUCAGCUGGAGAAGCACAAGCAACGUCUGUCUCCACAUCCACUGAGAAAGCUGUUAGGGAUGCCCUGAAGGUCCUCUUCUACAUCGUGCAGAACAACCUAUCCCUGGAUCUUUUUUCAUCAAUGGUUGACAUGUGUAUUGAUGUGGGGUCUCCAACUUUACAGCACCUUAGACUGGCCAAGAAUGCUUCAUAUACGAGUUGGGACAUUGUACAGGAGCUGUUGUCUUUUCUAAGUGAAGAGGUACAGAGGACAGUCUUAACAGAAAUUCGCCAGAGCCCCUGCUAUGGUCUUAUGGUGGAUGAGGUUUGUGACGUUGUUUCUAACAAACACAUGGCUAUGUGCUGCCAGUACAUCACCCCAGAUGGAGACGUGUCGUCAGCGUUUCUGUGUGACCCCUUCAUCAAAGAUGGAAAGGCAGCUACCAUCGUUGAUACCAUCCAGGAGGAGAUAACUAGCUUGACCUUGGACUCACAGAAGAUGGCAGGGUUUGCAUCAGAUGGGGCUGCUGUCUUCACAGGAAAACAUAAUGGAGUGGCGAAACGAUUGAAGGACAUCAGUCCAGGUUUAAUCACCAGCCAUUGUAGGGACCAUAGAUUAGCUCUGGCCUGUAGAGACAGUUUCAAAGAGGUCAAGGUAGCCAACAAAGUGGAUGAGACUCUUGAAAGACUGCACAAAUAUUACAAAUACAGCACAGUCCACACUGCCACCCUGAAGGAAGUCCAGAAAGCUUUUGGAGAGCCAACACUUUGUGUGCAGCAAGCAAAACAUCACAGAUGGCUGAGCCACUCCAAAGCUGUGACCUCUGUUGCCAGGAGCUUCAAAAGCCUCAUAACAGAUCUGGAGCAGAACACCAUCUCUGCUGAUGCAGUUGGAAAUGGUAUCUUGAAGCUUGAAGCUGGAAUGGAAUAUAGAACAUUUUGAACUGUUAUUCAGUCACUUCAACUCAUUUUUGGGCAAAACCGCUUUGGACCGAGGACAUGUACUUAUAACAUAUGAUUUGAAGAUCUGUUUAUAGAGAACUUUUAAAAGAAAUUCACUUGUGCGCUUUUAAAAAUAAAAUAUGAAUCAACUUUGG